AUGAUUUUGGCUACAAUUUUGAGGAAAUUUAAGAUUACCCUGGCAAAAUUUACUACCCCCGCUCUUCAAAAAGUUUUUGGGAUAGAUAUCCGAGUCUCGUAUUUACGAGCAACAUGUACUUGAAAUUCCUUAUCUUAUGGAAUAUGACAUUUGUGUAUUGUGUAUAUGAAACCACAUGGGUUUGAAUUACGUUUUACAAACGACGUUUGGGCCAACAUAGUGCCAUUUUUCAAGUACAAAUGACAAAGACAAUAUAUCAUUUUUUCUGUCUUCCAGAUGACAGUUCAUUUGUAUUUUUUUCUCGCUACCAUGCGCGCCAAUUUACAGAACAUUGUGUAUAUAGGUAAACUUUUUAAUGAAGUUGGAAAGUUUAGCAAAGUGUUAUUUUUGUUACAGAUUUAUACAGACUGGGCCAACCACUAUCUGGAGAAAGCAAAGAGUAAGAAAAGGGUGCAUUCUCUGGCUACUGAUUGCAGCGACGGAGUCCUGUUAGCUGAAGUCAUAGAGUCAGUCAAAAACCAAAAUCACCUUCACAAAUGGUAA